AUGGAUGGAUUGCCUUUGUUUCCUGAGCCUGACUAUAGCAAGUACAGAGAUUUUUCUCCUACAGAACUCUUUGAGUUAUUUUUUGAUGAGGAACUUUUUGAGUUCAUAGUUCAGCAGUCCAAGCUUUACUGUGCUUAUAAAAACUGGCCAGACAUCAGUGUCACUAAGGAAGAAAUCAAAGUAUUUUUUGGUAUAUUGAUUGUGUCUGGAUAUAAUCCCAUGCCCAGUAAAGCCUCAUUCUGGUCCUCUAGCCCUGAUCUUCGUAAUGAGGCUGUCUGUAAUGCUAUGCGCAGAGAUAGGUUUGACAGGAUUAUGAGGUGUCUACAUUUCAAUGACAACACUAAGCUAGAUGUAGAGGACAAAUAUACAAAACUUAGGCCCCUUAUACAGCACCUUCAGAAACGAUCUAUGGACCAUUUCAUUCCCACCCAAGCAAUUUCUCAUGAUGAGGCUAUGGUCAAAUAUUUUGGCAAACAUGGCUGUAAGCAGUCUAUUCGCAAUAAACCCAUUAGGUUUGGCUAUAAAGUCUGGUGCCAAAACACUGUUUCAGGCUAUCUUGUUGCAUUUGAACCUUAUCAGGGAAAGUCACACAAAGGUAACAUUGAAUUGCAAGCUAAGUUUGGGAAGCCAGCAGCAACAGUUCUAGAACUGAUUGAUGAAUAUAGCACAGAGAAAAGGAAUCUCUCUUACAGUUUCUAUUUUGACAAUUAUUUUACUACAAUACCACUGCUGAUAGAACUAAAGGAGAGGGGGUAA